AGCUUCGGUUUGUGAACUUUAAUGUAGAGCUGGCUAACAUCAUUAAUUACUUUGAGUUCCACUGUUUGACAUUUGAAAAGGGGGUUAAGUAAGCCUUAAUUCUAAGGGGACAUGGCGUAUUUAUUUUAUUUGUAGAACCCCCCCCCCACCUUUUUCUGCUAAUAACCUAGCUAGCUACUAGCCACAUUGGCCCUAUGAUGUUACAUUUUGCAACACUUUGAUCCUCAAAAUCACCGAGGAUACAUUUUUGUCAAACUGUACCCUGUGGGUAAAAAACAAGGUCAGCUAAUAUUAACAAGAAAACAGAAUAAUUAAUAGUCUAUAAAUAGCUUUACUGUCAAAGGUCAGACAUUUAACAUCGACGUUAACGUUGCGCGAGCGCAUUUCUGCUCGCCCACGUGCUGCUUAGCUGCCACCCGUUCUCCAGUCCGAAAUAAAGCCUGAUACAGUAUGUGAACCGAGCUGUGCCGGGUUAGUGCAAUGCUGUGCUAUGUUGAUAUUGCAGAGUCGUAGAGAAAAAGCUCCUUAAAAUCCGUCUUCCUGCAGAGGCUGCAGAGAUUUUUCAUGCUGCUGUUAAAAUGGAAAGAGUCUUACUAGACAAUGCCAUGACAGUGCCGCCGUGAGGUAUGGGAAGUGCCUGUGUGGACAUGCAGAGGUACCGGUGGCCGGGUUAUGAGAUGCAGCUUCUCGGAGAGCUGCAGAGACAACAAAACAGUGCCACAUUCUGCGAUACCCUGUUACAAACUGAGGGUAUCUCAGUGCCAACCCACAGUUGCGUUCUUGCAGCUCUCAGCCCCUACCUGUCUCAGAAGCUGUCUGCCUCCCCGUCUCCUCCAUCCGGCCAGAAGCACCAGGUCCAGCUCCAGGCUGCGAAGGCGCAGACCCUCCUGAAGCUGGUUGGUCUGCUGUAUUCUGGGGAGCUGGAGGUAAAAGGAGGCAUAGAGCAGAAUGACGUUUUGGCUUUAGCCCGCCGGUUUGGGAUUGCAGAGCUUUUAGAGGGACAGAAAGACAGGGGCAUGAAGGAGGCAGAACGCCGGGGGAAGAGGCAGAGUCGCGGGAGUUGCAGAGAGAAUGGCUUUAACACGGAAGAAAGCAGAGGGAGGGAGCAAGGCAGGAAAAUGCGGGAUGCACAAGUUCAGGCUGAGAUGGCUGGAAGGAGGGAUGUAGAUUCUCCAGUUGAAAAGAGAAGUUGUAUAUCUACAGGAACACAGACUGUUAAAGCUGUUGAAAAGUCAGUCGGCAGUUCUGUUGCUCUCUCCGGCCAAGCCACACCUCCAACCCCAGAGUCUGCACCCUCUGUAGCUCAAAGUUUGGAUUUUUCUGUCAUGUUGCAACCCCAAAAUAUCACACUUAAUAAACCAUUUUGCUCCACUUCUUGCCCAGUCAUUAUCAGCACACCCAGCACUACCAGUGGAGCACCAAGCGAUGGAGAGUCUCCAUUAAACUGCUCCUUUGGCACUGUAACAAAUCCCACCUCAACUCCAGCUUUGUCCAGUGACAUGUUGACCUUCUCCAUUUCUCUUAAUGAUGACUCAAAGUCUCCAAGGCGUCAGGAAGACGGCACCUACCAGCGGUCAUCUGAGUUCUGGGAGAGCAUACAGGGUUUGGCCGAGGACAGGACAGACCUGGAGAGUGGAAAAAGAAAUGGCAAGAUGGCUGACUUCAGAGGAGAUACAGAGCAGCCAAGCCAAGUGAACAGAGAUGAGAUGGCAGGAGAGGGAGGGAAUUCUACAGAGAAGAGGCAUGUACAUGCCAAUGUAGGGAUGAAGACCCUGGCCAAGAUGAAGCAGAUGCAGCAGAUGAUGGAGACCACGCAGAUUUCUAUCAAAGUUAAGCUGAGGAGGAGGACUAAAGGAGAAGUGUGGGAGGUGGUGAACAUGCAAGACUCAGAUGCGACCUUGUCAGUUCUUACAUCCCUGAAACAGGAUGGCUGCAAAAACAGAAGGCCAGACACAGACCUUUUAAAUGUUCCAGCUCCUCCCUCCACUGUCCAAUCAAGCCCAAUACAGAAACCAGACUCCCAUAUUCUUCAGCCUGUUACCACCAACUCCCCCAAAUCGCCACCACACCCCAACGCCUCCUCUGACUCCGCGCCACCCUCUAGUGACUACUUCACCCCAAACCAAAAGGAUGGCCUCGAGGUAGCCCCACCCCUCCAGCAUCAGGGCUCUGUAGAGGAGUCUGAUGUGCAGAUAGAGAAGCUGCCUGAGGACAUCAUGAUGGGGCUCAACAUCCUGCCCAACUUGGAAAGGGACUGCAAGAGGUCUCAUCACCUUCAACUGAGCCAUGAUGGAGUACCGGCCAUUUGCCAGGGCCCAGUCACACGGAAAGAUGCAGGGCACAGUCAGAUGCACGCUGCUGUCAGUGCAGCAGGGUGUGUGUUUUACCAGGAUUUGGGAACACGAAGUUUCAACUCAUCAGCAGAUAAAGGUAUCCAUUGUUGUUUCACAGCUCAGAACCAGCCCAGCUGCUCAAGCCUUUCAUCUGUACUACUGGACACUGCGUUAAUCCAACAGCAGCAGGAGCGCUCUCAACAGUACCCCUCAUCUGUCAGAUCCAUGCGGCAGAGAGAUGGAAUGAGCUGUCAGGAUAUGCCACUGUCCAAAAGUCAAGAAUGUCUAUAUCCAGAAGUAUCUACAACAAGAUCAGUCGUACCCUCAGCUGUCUCCCCCGCUGAGCAGAAACUGCAUCACCCAGCGUUCCAGGAACUGUCUUCACAAGACAAUCAGCAAAUCCUUGCGUUUUUACCGCUGACAAAGGGAAAUGAGACACAGUCCAUGCAUACUCUCUCCUUACCUUGCAUGGACGAUUUGCGGCUUCCUCGAUGUCUUUCUCCAUUAGAGCCGUGUACCUUAGAAACAAAACAUCAGCCUGCCCUCAACAACCCAACGAGCCAUGGCGAUAAAAUUCAGCAACAGCCAUUAUUACAUAGGCGACCCUGGCUCGCAGAAAACCCUGGAUCACUACAAUUUCGUCUGAGUGCCAUCACUCACAGAAAAAAUACAAGUGCGUCUUUACCUCAGCGUACAACCAGAAACUGUUGGUCAAAGAAAUGCCAGGAACAUAUGGAGUUGAACCCACAGAAUAGAGGAACCUGGACAGAAUCUUGUACUGCAAAAGAGGUGGAAGAGAGGGAAACGGUAUCUGCUGGCCAACCAAAUAAUGCAGGACUGAAAUCUGACCCCAGGAAGAUGAAGGAAUGUGACACUACAGAGGAGGGAAUAGCACCUAAAAGGAGGAAGACAACAUGCACCAGUCAUCCACAAGAUGCUGCCGAUUUUCUCUUGGCAUACAAAGAUGUGAAAGUCAGUGAUGGAACAAAGAGUAAAAUCAAUUGGAGCGUUUGUCAAGUCAGUUUGUCAAGCAACAAUGUGCUGGCGAAGGAAAGAGCACUGACCACCAGCUCUUCUAACAUUCCAUCCGAAUUUAUAGGGAAACAAAAUCAGCCGUCAUCCGUCACAGAAUGUCUGAGAGAGAACGCCAGAGGGUCUGGGGUGAAUACUGACCAAACUCGGAUCAGAACCAGGAGUUUUUUGAAAAACACUCAAGAGUCACCAAGUGACACAAGCCCAGAAACUUCUUUUGGUGCUAAACCCAUGGUCCACAGAGCUAAGACAGUGAAUAAACAAGGAGUCACAAGCGGGAAACGUGGAAGACCGCCAAAAACAAAACUUCAAGUUCUUACCCCUCUGAACAACCGUCCUGCCGUCGCUGAAAAGAGGAGCCAUAAUGAAGAAAGUCAGCAGAAAACGGAAAGCAAUUCGCCAAAGGAAGAUUUGGAGAAGGGUAACAAAACAAAGCGAAGGUGCAAAAAAAGGUGGAUAAAUAGAAGUGCAGAAGUGGGAAUAAUUCCACUGAAGAAGACCAUAAGUGUUGAGAGCAUUGGCAAGCGUGAUGCAGACAUUGACAUAAUCCCAAAAGUAAGAAAGCUACAGACACCAAAAGAGCCACAGACGGUCACUCUGAAUGAGUUUCAAAAACUUAUUAAAAGGUCACACUCAAAAUCUCGGAGGUCAAAGGAAAGCCAGGAAACAAAUGAAAUGCUGAGAGAUGCAGAAAGUGAAGGGGCGGCUAGCAGAGACAACACAUGUAAAGAAUCAACUAAGGAAUCUAAGAAUCCGGAUGAAGGAACAACCUGUGAUACAGGAGUGUCAAAUGCAACACAGCAGACUGCCAUCACUGAUGAAGGCUUGUCACACAGACUGGUGCCAGAUUACAAGCUGCACCCCCAGACACCUGAGAGAACUGGUCUACCUCUGCCAGAUGCUGGCGGGAUCAGCGGGACCUCAGGCUGCGAUCAAGAAGAGGAGGAGGAAGUGGAGGUGGAUGUCCUGCUUUACUCCCCAGUCCAAGUGCCUCAGGCCAGAGUGUGUGGGGAUGGACUCGACAGCACGGAGAUAACUCCAGACGAAGAAGAGGAGGAAGAUGUGAACGAGAUUGAUGUGACUGGAGAUGAGACAGAGUAACGUUUGGAUACUGCAUAGUUAUAUAAUACGUUGUGUGACUAGUUCAGCAUGGUGUGCCAAACCUGAUGUUCUACCUGUUCUGACUUGAUGUUCACAAAGAUGGGAAGUUCUGUAUAACAGAUUUUUACCGCUAUAUGGCAUUCAUUUUGUUCAGCAUACAAGCUUGAAAUGGUUGUUUAAUUUUCAUUAAUAAUAUGCUGAAGCAUUGAUACAGUGUGGCAAGAAUGAUUAAUGUUGUUUACAUUGACUGUUUUUCAAUAAUUGUGUUCAUUUUACAGUCAGAGAAAUUUGAAUAGUCAGACUGAUUGAGGUAAAAAGCACUUCAUUGGGUCUCUCUGUAAGUAACGACUGUAGAAAAGAAAUCUUAUUUUGAGCCUGUAUUUGUAAAGCGGAGUGUGUUCUAUGUAAAUUACAUAACAAUAGUUUAUUAAAAAAAACGGUUUGUCUUUUCA